AUGGCAUCCGACUGUGUCUGCGAUACAGUUGCUCUCCUCUUAGAGAAAUUGCAAGUCCCUGCUGAUGGCCCCCUUGGUGACGAUGUGGGGCGCUUCCUGGCGCCCGUGGUCACGGUGCUGUCGUACCCGGACCUGCUCCGGUACCCCGCCCUAGUGGCCGCGCUGGGCUCCAUCCUGGGCCGGCUGGUCGAGGAAUUUGAUCUGGGAUUGGAGAGGAGCGAGGAAAUUUACGCUGGGGCCCGCUCCCUUGUCGAGGCCUGGGGCGUCCUCGAUGAGCAGGCGGCGCGGCUCCUCGCUGCCGACCUGCGGGGCAUCCUCGACCUGCUGGUGGAGGGGGCCGCGCUGACUCAGCGUGCUGACCUGGACCGCGACGUCCUCGACACGGCCCUGCUCGCAGCCGUCGCAGCCGCACAGGACCCUGGCCAGGGCUCUGAUGCCGAGCUGGCGGCGGCGAUCAGGGGCCUGCUGGGCCCCAUAUUGAGAGGCCCGGCCGCCAGCACAAGGCACCUCUGCGGCCCCGUGACUGCCGCGGGGCUAUCGCUGCUGGCCAGCGAGCGGCUGACGGGGACCCAGCUGGCCGCCACGUCAUCAGAGUGGAUGCCGGCGCUGACGGUGGCCUCCUGCGAUGACGUGGCGGCGGCCACGACGCUGCUGGCCGCCGCUGCCAAGCUGCAGGCCGGGUCCGCGGCCGCCAGGGGGCCGGGAGGAGGGGCAGCGCAAGCGCAGCCCGUGCCAGGGGCCCGCCCCUUUGACGACUCGAUGCUGGGCGGGUUCAUCGCGACCCAGGGCCUGUCGAGCACGCUGGCGCGGCAGCUGGACGGCGAGGCCUACGGCGAGACGGCUGCCGUGGCGGUGGGCUCCGCCCCCCUCUUCGUGGCCGAGCGGCUCCUGGCCAUUGCUGGCGGGGCGCUGACGCGCUGGGCGCGCACGGCAGCCUGGGCCAGGCAGCCGGCGGGCUGGGCGCCGGAUUUGGCGCGAGCGCUGGGGUCCCUGCUGGCCGCCGGGCCGCUGCGCACCGCGGCGGGCGACUUCCUGGCGGCCGCCACACGCCUGCCCUUGCCCGCCGCUUUCAGCGUCCUGCGGCGCAUGCACCCCGGCAUGUGGCCAGAGGAGGCGGCGGCGACCGACUCGCCCGACGCUGGGCCUGCGUCGGGGGGAAGGGGCAGCGGCGCAAGGCGCGUCCAGCGAGAGGAGACCCGUCGCCCCCUGGCUGAUUUCCAGGCCGCCUUUGGCGUCAGGCCGCUCGCCAGCGCUGGGGGUCACUGGCGGCACGCGGGGCAGCAGCCGGCACGAGCCGGGCCCUCCGCCGCGCCGGCCGCCUGCGAGACCAUCGACCUGACCGAGGGUGCCAGCCCUGCCCGCCCUACGAGCCCGCAGGAGCCGGCGGGGGCGGGCGGUGCGCCCCCACUUGCAUGCCCCGCCAUCAAGGUCAUCUCCCCUCCCAGCUACAAGCGGGCCGGGGGCUCUCCAGUCGCCAAGGAUGGGCUGCCGCCCUGGCUCCUGCAGCGCACGCCGGCGUCGCCGGGCGGCAGGGGCCCACGGGCAGCCCUCCCCCCCGCCGUCACCCUCGCGCAGCUGCUCUCCGAGGUACUGAGUCUGUCGCCGGGGUCGCUGGAGGCCAGGCCCCUUGACCCCGGCGUGCGCAUGGAGCAGCGCUUUGAGAGCAUGGACGCCUACGUCCAGGCGCGUGGCAGGGGAGGCAGGGUCCACACGAAGGAGGCAACCGUGUUCUGA